CUCAUCUCAUCGCCAUCUCGAGCGCCUGUGCGACGCUUCCACCGCGUUAAAAUCGACCUCGAGACGGCACAGCUGGUGCGGCGGCCUCAACCACAAGGUGUAACACCAGAACCCGAGGAUCCUAAGCCUGGCGACGCUACUUGGCAUACACCAAAAACAGUACGACAGAUCGAGCUACAGGAGCCGUUUGUUCGCGCCGUGAUUCAUCAACACCUCCCCCGUCAGGUCGCGGCCGACGUAAUCCGUCACCUUCGUGGCGUCUCAGCUCUUGCUCGCAACGCCGAAGGCUUCAAGCGUGAGCUGCACAAAACUGAGGCUGCUAUACUUGCCAAGGAGGAGCGGAGGCGACGCAAGAAGCGGGUUGUAGAGAGCAAAGGUGGUGUAAUAUACGCUGAAGACGCACGGCAGAUGGUGCAGCAGCGCCAGGUCAAUGACCUUGCUCGUCUUGAGGUAGAGAUCGCUACAAAACGACUCCGUGAGGCUACGAUUAUUUUCAACAAAUGGCGGCGUAUCUUCCCAACUAUAAGGAACUUUGGCCGUAAAUAUACUAAGCGUAUAGCAGGCGGUAUUACAACGCAGCGCAAUGUUGCGCGCUGGCAACAUAUAAACGCUGACGACAAUAACUACAACACCAAGGCCUUGAUAAAGUGGGACUGGAUACUUCAAGAUAGCAGUUCUAAGUAUCGCGAAGGUACUAUAACAAUAGACCGUACGCCAGCUAUGUGGGUGGCGUACAAUAUUCGUCAACUUAUCGAUCCAUAUACCAAACUCAUAAGCCAUCCUCUCACGGCAGCUUUACCAUCCACCACGCUAUCACAGGACCUAGAACGCUUUACUCAGUAUACUCAAGAAGACUGCGCAGAGUCUACUUCUACAGAAUCGUGUAUUAAUGUCGAUACUACUAUCGAAAAGGCUUACAAAGCUAUAGUGGAUAGUAAACUUGAUAUAAGCAAUAGCGACGACAGCGACGAUAGCAGCUACUGUAAUAGUCCAAAUUCGAUAAUAUCUGAAUAG